AGCACGGGCUGUCAAAAAGUGUUGUCGUGCCGUACGCAUCGGACGUGCCUGUGUUGUUUUCGUGCGUGAAUUCUCUCUCCCACUUCUCCCCGCCCCUCACACACACACAGCUUUCCCCGCCUGCGGUGAAGAGGCUAACGGUACACGGGUUUACAACAGUGUAACGAUGUGACACGGGUGCUGGAGCGUCUUAACUUCGAAAACAUCUUAACCAUCCACAAGUGCCAAGGAAACAAGCCUUUGGUGCAUGUGCAAGUGUGGGGGUUUGAAGGCGGUCGCUCGAAUUCCCUUGCUCACAGCACGAAAUCGCGUCAAGGCAUCAAACGACAGGUUUUCCUCCUCCCCUUACCCCCUUUGCGGAGGAGUGGUUGAUGGUGGAGCAUCAAGCGAUGCAAGUGAGCCAACAAAAUUAAAGCAGUGAAGGGCGAGCGAAAGAGUGCUCUUAGUUGGUGUGUGCUUUUGAAAAAAAAAAAACAACGGAAAGCGUAUAAGCAAGAGUCUGUGGAAAAUCAUCAGUGAGAAGCGGUGUGAUUUGUGUUAAAAAAUAAGAAAAAGAUCUUAGAUGCUUACCGUGUGCUUUUGUGUGAUUUGAAGUUUUUUUUGGUAAAAUUCCAUUUACAUCAACAUAAUCGCUGUUGGGCAAGAAGAAAGUGUUCGUGGGGAGGUAGCGCUGUUUCCCGCGAAGUGAUAAAAUCACGGAUCCAAGAUCUCCACGAGCAGAGCAUGCGGUGAAAAGGGUUUGCUCCUGUGCGUGUGUAUGGGUGUGCGUUGCACGUGCGAUAGUGUUUUGCUCUCUCUGUGUGUGUGCAUGUGUGUGUUUGUACGUGGGCUUUUUCUGUGUAAAGUCCAAGCGCAAAGCAAAACUGGUGCACAAACGUAAAGUACGGUGUGCCUGGCGAGAAGCAACACCCCUCUUCAUCAUUCCUGUGUGGAGGUGUGGGUGGUGAUAGUGAAAGUGUGGUAGUGGAGGGAGGUCUGGUUUUCGGUUUUUUCGUUUUGCUUCGGUUUUGCGGUUUUGUUUGUGGCGGAAUAAAAAAAUUUAGUGUGAAAAAUGAAUAACAACAGCUCGCGAACGCACCUGCCCUGGAUGUUCAACAACUCGCUGGCCAUCCGCCAGGAGAUACAGCGGUUCGAGAGCGUCCAUCCGUCUAUCUACGCCAUCUACCACCUGAUCGACCUCAUCCCGGACGUGCAGGUCGCGCAGCAGAUCCGAGAUCAUGUCGUCUGCAUAGAAGAUUCGUUCGUUAACAGCCAAGAAUGGACCAUCUCCCGAUCCGUGCCGGACAUCCGGCUCGGCAUUGUGGGCAGCCUGAGCUCGGGCAAGUCGGCCCUGGUCCACCGCUAUCUGACCGGCACGUACAUGCAGGAGGAAUCGCCCGAGGGCGGCCGGUUCAAGAAGGAAAUUCAGAUCGACAAUCAAAGCUACCUGCUGCUGAUACGGGACGAAGGUGGCCCACCGGAGAUUCAGUUUGCCGCCUGGGUUGAUGCCGUCAUUUUCGUCUUCAGCUUGGACAACGAGUCGAGCUUCAAUGCGAUCUACACCUACUACAACCGGAUAGCGCACCAUCGCAAUACGGCCGAAAUACCGUUCAUUCUCGUCGGAACACAAGACGGUAUUUGUGAACGGGCACCGCGAGUCAUCGACGAUGCGCGGGCUCGAAAGCUGGCGCAAGAUUUGAAACGCUGCACCUAUUACGAAACCUGCGCCACCUACGGACUGAACGUGGAACGAGUAUUUCAGGACGCCUGCCAGAAGAUCGUCCAGCAGCGCCUGUCGACGGGUUCGACGAUCACGCCAACGAACUCGCGCCCCACCACCCCGCAAGGCACGCGGCUCGGUGUGGCCAGCUUUCACCCGUCCGUUCCGAGCCCGACGAACGGGUACGCCGGUUCGGCCGUCACACACAGCAGCAGCAACGCGUCGCCCAGCCACCAGCAGCAGCAGCAGCAGAACCACCAAACCGGCGGCACUAUGACGCUGCCCCAUCGGCACCACGUCCUGUCCGCCUCGAGCCAUCACAUUCCGAUCAAGAUCAGCCAGGAGCUGAUCGGGGCCGAACAGCACCACCACCACCACACGUCCUCGGCCGGGGCAAACGCCCAGAAGUGGGGUACGAUCUCGCACGGCACCUCCCAGCAGACGCUGCUCGCGCUAACGAACGAGAACAACAACAUCUCCAAGUUCAUCCCCCCAACGCACCCGGUGUCGAGCGGGCUGCCACCACCAACCGAUUCUUCGCUGCUCCAACCGCACGGUGGUGCAUCGCUUACCGCCAUGUCCGGCAAGGACAGUAGCAGUGGCGGCAGCGGCAAGGACGGCAAGGACGGGAAGGAACUCCCGACGCCAACCUCCACACCGACCACAUCGCGCAAGAGCCGCCGAAGAUCGAACCUGUUCAUCCCGUCCUCCUCCAAGAAGGAGCAGCAGCAGCAGGAGAAGAUCAAAAACGGUGAGCUCGGGUCGGGCCGAGCCAUCCCGAUCAAGCAGGGCUACCUGUACAAGCGCAGCAGCAAAUCGCUCAACAAGGAGUGGAAGAAAAAGUACGUCACGCUGUGCGACGAUGGGCGGCUCACGUACCACCCCUCGCUGCACGACUACAUGGAGGACGUGCACGGGAAGGAGGUGUCGCUGCAGUACGUCACGGUGAAGGUGCCGGGCCAGAAGCCGCGCGGCACCAAGUCCAUCAUCACGAACAGUGCGCUGACGGCGGCGGCCGCUGCAGCGGCCCAGCAAGCGUCAUCGUCCACCAACGGCACGAACGGCGGCUCGAACGGGCUAACCGAGGGGAUCGGGGGGCUGUCCCUAGCGAAGGAUCGCAAGUGCACGGAGAAGGUGCUGCUGACCGCGUUCGACACGCUGCGCGAACCGGUCAAGUCGAACUCGCAGACGAGCGGCGACGAGGGCAUCGUGAUCAGCAGCAGCAACUCGCAGAGCUUCCUCGGGGACAGCAGCAGUGCGGCGGCCGGCAGCAAGAUCGAUGCGCAGACGCCGAACGUGAAGAAGCGGCACCGGCGCAUGAAGAGCAGCGGCGUGGGGAAGAACAGCGAGUACGAUGAUUCCGACGGGUUCGAGUUCUACAUCGUCUCGCUGGACAACAAGCAGUGGCACUUCGAGGCGUCCAACUCGGAGGAGCGGGACGAGUGGGUGUCGGUGAUAGAGCAGGAAAUCUUCAAGAGCUUGCAGGGCAUCGAGUCGUCCAAGUCGAAACCACUGAACCCGAGCGACAUUGCGUCGAUGCAGUCGAUCCGAAGCCGGGUCCCUGGCAACGGUUACUGCGUGGACUGUGAUUCACCAAAUCCCGAAUGGGCCAGCUUGAAUCUGGGCGUGCUGAUGUGCAUCGAGUGUUCCGGGGUGCACCGAAAUCUUGGUUCGCACAUCAGCAAGGUGCGAUCGCUCGGGCUGGAUGAGUGGCCUCCGGGCCAUCUGAGCGUAAUGCUGGCGAUCGGCAACAGCCUAGCGAACUCGGUCUGGGAGGCGAAUACGCGCGGCCGGGUAAAACCAACGCCCGCCAGCUCGCGCGAGGAGAAGGAAGCGUGGAUCCGCAGCAAGUACGAGGGCAAAGAGUUUCUGCCCCACUUUAACCCGUCGCCCCCGAUCGGCCAGCAGCUGUGCGAGGCGGUGGUGCGCUCCGACAUGAAGUCGAUCAUCAUCCUGCUCGCCAAUGCGUCGAACGAGCACAUCAACUCGACCGCCAGCAACCGGGAUCUGCGCACGCCGCUACUGUUGGCGUGUGCGAUCGGGAAUUUGGCCAUCACGCAGCUCUUGAUUUGGCACCAUGCCAACCUGAAGCACGUGGACAGCGAGGGCCGAUCCUGUCUAACCUUUGCCAAAGCGGCCAACUCGCUGGCGGCGGCCAAGCAGGCAAACAAUUCGCCCCACCACGUGAAUGUGGAGACGACCACGGCCCUGGUGGAGCUGCUGACCAGCCUGGGCUGUACCGAUCCGGCACCGUUCUCUGCCAGCGGUACGCUACCGCGCCGAAGGGAAACGAUCGAUCAGGCCACGUUCGAGAAGUUUUCCUCGAGCGUCAUCUAAACGACGACCGCUGUGUUUGUAUGGAAGCGCAGUAGGAGUAGUAGUAGUAGUAUUAGCACCUUGAUGAUAUAUAGACAAAUUUCGAGAACGCAAUCUCUCAAGACACGCAAGUUUUGUCCCCGACUAUGUAAAGAGAGAGAGAGAGCCGCAAUUAGAGGGACACUUUCUCUCUAACACAGAUUCAUAUGUUAAGUUCUUUAGCCUUUAAAGAGAUGGUGGUUGUGCGCGUUCUGUUUACUUCUCGGUAACGAACGCCGCAGCAAGACGUAUUUGACGAGAGACAGAGAGAGAACCCUUGAUGGCAUUGUGAUCGAAUAUGAAGUUGAAUUUCGGUGGGUGGUAGUAGUAUCUCUGUGUUUAAGCAUUCUGUUUCUGAAGCCCCGAAACAGGUACAGGAUUUUGUAAAUAAUUUGUCCACAAUUGUCGUUCGUUUGGCCAAAGGCAACACAAAUACGAGCAAGAGAGGAAAAAAACUGUACCCCUAAUCCCCCCCCCCCUUUUUAUGUGUAUAAAUGUGGUUAAGAAGCGUUUGCGUUUUAUAUAGAAGAAGAGGAAGGUAUAUCUUAUGGUAGAGAGCAGCAGAAGCGAGGAGAAGGAGAGCUCGCUUUUCCUUUAGUGUUUAAAAUGGCGCACGAACCCAUAUUUCCCCUGGUAGUAUGUAUAUGUACAUGUGCUAAGAGCUUAGCUGAGAAGAAGGAACACUUUAGCACUUUUUUUAGUGUUUUGUUAGUUUGUUAGCCGCGCGCUGUUUUCGUGUUGUUCGUGUGCUUGCACCGUUCCACACACGGGCGCCCUUCCCUCCCUUCCUCUGUGUACGUAAUAUAACAUUUUAGAUGUUGUUUAUUCUGUUCUGUUCUGUUCUGUUUCGAUAAGAAUUAUAUCAUCCCUCUCUCUUUAAGUUGCUUUCUUAGUUUAAUCACAGUGGUAGUGUGCGGUGUAGCCGCCCCACAAGACGCGUACCUCUAAACAAAAACUCACAUUGGACUGGAACCAUUUAAUUUUUGUUUGGUCUUUAUUUUUUCUUUUUCGUUAUUAAAAUUAGUGUUUUGUUGCAUAUGAUCCGCCGCAGUAGCCGAUCGUCGGGAUGAUCUUUUAUCGUACGCAAUAUUUAUUCACAGUUGUAGAGAGAGAGGAUGAGAGAGAGAAAGCGCGCGUACGCUUGUUUUAAUGAAUUCAUUCAGUUCCUAGUUUUGAUCCGGGUUUUGUCGAUCAGUUUGUACCUUUAUUUGACAAUUUCAAAAAGGACAUUUAACACACAUCUGUCCUUGGUUGGUUUGCAACUUUUGAUUCUCUUUUUAACAAGAGUUUCCGAAUGCCGAAUGGUUUUUUUUAAUAUUGAUUUGCUCAUUUUCUGUUCCGUUUAGUGCAGCGUAACAUAAAUAUAUAGAUUGAAUUAUUGCACUCACACACACAAAAAAACACAGUACGUUAACGAAUUGUGCCGACGCAUUAGGGCCAAACAGAGAGAAACGCUUGGCAUAAUAUAAAUGUAUACAUAAAUACACAACAAAACAGCAUAACAGCAUAGCAGCACACAGCAUAUAGAGCAGCGAAUCCCUCUUUCCCCCCACACACGCCACAGCUACAAUGCACUACGAACCACAAUUGUAGGAGAAAGAGCAGAAGAAGAAGGUAUUAGAAUGUGUUUGCAAAACAAAAAAGAACCCUUAAAAUAGUAACGGUAGACCUCAGCAACCAGAUAACUGAUGAUGUAUGGCAAAAAGCGUAUUAGAGAAGAUGAGGGAGAAAUGUAUUGUCAUUUAUGAAAAAAAGAUUUAACAGAAUUGCCCCCCCCCCCCCCCUCCUUUCUUAUCCUUCGACAAAACGAAAGCUCGUUAAAGUAUCGAACCACACACACAAGUUGAUAGUAAUAGACGACUCCUAUAGAUAAUAUUGCAGAGAAUUUAAUCACCCUUUAACAACAACAACAAAAAACGUUUAGUACAGAUUGCGAACUACAAAAGCGAAAACAAAAGAGAAACGGAGAGUAGCAUUGCAUUAAAAAGUGGUAAAACACCCUCUUAGAAGAGCCAAGUAUAGAGUAGAACAAGAGAUGAGAACACAUGUUGAAAACAACUCUGUUAUAGGUUACAAAACAGAGCAACAGGAAUAUAAAGAAGAAAAAGCCCGCAAAGCAUUACACAAAAAAACUCGUUAUUCAAUUCUCUUUAGUACUUCAGUAACAGUAAACAAAAAAACUACAAAAAGAAAACAACAUUGAAAGGAAAAGCCCCCUACACACACACACACACUAACAUUAGAAGAAGAGAAUUAGAGCGAUAGAGUAUAAUAAUAGCUUAACAAACAAAAAAAAAACAUUUCACAACCCCUUUUCGCCCGCGUCCGUUGUUUGUGAAAUUGGCAAAUAUGAAAGCAAAAUUGGAUUGGACUGGAACAAAAAAACAUUAGAAAAUUUAACAACUUUCGCUGAAUCUCUCCCACUCUCUCUCUCUCUUUUUACAACUAACUCGCAAUUUUUGGCGACACGAGUGGGGAUGGGGGAAAAGAAGAAUGAAGAAAUGAUAAAAUGAGGUUGGUGCGCAGUAAAACAAAACCAAGAAUACAAUAUACGAAAUGAUACGAUGAAGCAUUAA